AUGGCGUCUUCAGGUUACAUCCAGGACAACGCCACAGGUUCGUCAAUGAAAACAACAUUUCUGUCUGUCUGUCUGUCUAUCUGUCUGUCUGUCUGUCUGUCAGUUUUCUUUCUGUUUCUCUAUGUAUGGUUAGUCUUUGCAUUUUCACAGUUUGUUCUUUUAUUCACGUUAAACCGAGUAUUUACGUUGAACCGGGAUGUGAUUUAGAGUCUGUACUGUCUAAGAAAAAGGUUUUAUCUCCGCGGUAAAGAGAUUCACUGCAUCCCAAUUCACUAACAUUAACUAAUCUGGUUUAGAUUUUCUGCUGUUACAGGUUUGCACGCAGAGGUAAACACAGCUUAAAGGGGCAGUCCGCAGAGUUUGCCCUGAGGAAUACUUUUCACCCUUGUGUAAAUGUCCUCUAAUGCCCUGAGGGGUUAAAUCAGGACAAAAUAAUAUCAACAAAUAACUGAAUGAUGCAUAUUUUAGCACCACAUUGUUAUAUUUCAAGAUUUUGAAUCAGUUGUCAAAGUCUGUUAUGAAAAAGAUCUGGCACAAAUGCAGCCUGUGCACACUUUUGGAGCCUCAGUGCAGGGGGGCGCUGCUCUGUUUUCACCUUCUGAGUUAUUUUAGCCCCCAUAUAGAUUAAUCAUAGCCUGUAUCUUUUAAUUCUUUCUUUAAAAAAUUAUUAUUUAUUCCUUGAGAUGACCUUAAUUCAUUGUCAGAAAACAGCAGUUCUAUAAACAAUAACAGACAUAUACAGACAUAACAACCAGCUAAGUCGAAUUCACAGAUCAGAACAGUUUUAGUCAAAGCACUUGCAGCCUGCUUCAUCUUACUUAAGGGCCUUUAAUCAACAUUUAAAAAGAUUUAAAGAGACCAGCGCUCAAAGACACAGUUUUUCUUGUAGCAGAUUCCAGUCUGCAAGAGCCGCAUAUCUGAAACUUCUUUAACUCAUUUCAAGACGAACUUUGGGGACAGAUAGCGAGAGUUGAUUUUGUGUCUGAGUCGCAGUAUGAUGGCUCACAGGAUCUCUGUAUUUUCAUAACCUUGUUACGGGAAAAAUAUUGAGCUCUGAAUCAUGAAUUAUCCUCCGAGUCUUUCCUGUAAUUAUCAUGAACUCAUUGAACAUUAUGAACUUGUUUCUACUUUCCAGAGAAGGACCAUCUCCUUUCUGCAGAGCGCAGCUAUGGAUCCAGGGAUCUUCUUGGAGAUGGGAGCGAUUGUCCGUCUGUUCUGGUUGAGCCUCACCACAAAGUGGUUGAAGAAGAGGAGGAGGAGGCCCUGAGGAGGAAGCUCAAGUAUUUCUUUAUGAGUCCUUGUGAUAAAUAUCACGCCAAAGGACGUAAACCUUUCAAACUGGGCCUGCAGCUGCUCAAAAUCAUCAUUGUGACCGUGCAGGUUGGGAUCAUUUUUGGAUUUAUUUCAUCGUAUGUCAUUGCUGUUUUUCUCUAAAUCCCUGACUCUGUUUCUCUUCUUGUUAUUCCUGUUCAGUUGGUGAUGUUCGGUCUGAGUAACCAGAUGGUGGUGACAUUUAAAGAGGAAAACACGGCCGCUUUCAAACACCUUUUCCUGAAAGGUUUCCAAGACAACGUUCCUCAGGCUGUGCACACACAGACAGAGCUCUACAGCCGCAUCCACUUCGCCAUCGAGCAGGUAUUCUAAUAAUUACUUCUCAGACUCCUUUCAUUUCCGUGCACCUUACAGUUAUUGCAGCCAAACAACAAAUUUGACACUUUCCAUCAAAGAUCCCCUUCUGUUUGCUAUGAGGCACCCGUCCACAGAAAUUUUAAUUAUAAGGACCUGCCCCCAACAGCAUUUUGAGACAGCUUUGUAGCUCUUCACUUUUCUGUCCCUACAUGGCAUCUUGAGAUCAUCAGGUAGCUGAAAAGACCCUGUUCUAGUCUAUAUCUAAAAAUCUUAUUUUUGGCAACUGUGGGCAUCCGGAGAGUACAAAUGAUCAUCAGUUUUACUGGCAUCAUAUCCAAGAGCACAUAUGGACUUUUUUGAUCAAGGGAAAGGAAAUCCAGAGGGGCACUUUUUUUGCAUUUUACGUCAUAAAAGGGGGAUCCAGGGGCCUUGCUUUACAUUUAAAAUACAGGUAGGAAAUUCAGGGGGCACCCUCUCAAAAUUUAUUUUAUACUGGAGGGUCACAAAGAUGGCACUAUUUUAUAUUUUAUAAUAUAUUUCAUGGUAAGGCUAUCUAGAGGAGCACCUCUUUUAUUGUUCUCAAUCUAACAGGGUUCAGGGGACACUAUCUAGUCUUCCAAUACAGGGAGAGUAUUCAGGAGGGGCAAUUUUUCUAAAUGUUAUUUACUAAAAGGACAUUUAGGGGUCCUGGAUUUAAAUCUUAAGUACAGGUAAGGGAUUCAGAGGGCACUUUUUAAUAUUUUUAAUACUGGGAGGGCAUUUAGAGGGCAUUUUUCCACAUUUUUCAUACUGGAGGGGUGUGCUGAUGGCACACUCUUAUGUUGCACAGUUUUGCACAUUAAAUGCACUGAGGGCAUUCAAAGGGCACUUUCUCUACAUUUUACUUACAGGAAAGGUAUUCAGUGGGCACUCUUUUCACGCUUUUUAUACAUAAUUUAAGGACAUCCAUUUGGCUCUUUCCCAUGUUUUUUUUGUACUGCAACAGCAUCCAGAGGAGCCAGUUUCUAUGUAUUAUAAAGUGGAAGAUGGUACAUCCACUGACAGGGUUUUUCAGGCAUGAUAGCACAGAAGAGAAGAAAUGUGUCUUCCUAAAAGUUAUUGUAUCAAUUGUUGUUGUGCAAUGCUGAAAGCAAGACAUUUCCCUCUUUUGUUUAAAGAAGGAAGUAGACAUAUCAAGUGGAUAUGAAAAUAAAACCUCUAUCAGGGUCAGUUUGCUGCAGACUGGAGGGAUUGUAAAUGUUACUUUGUCAUUGGUGCAGAGGUUAAGUUUCCGAUGGUUUAAAUUUAAAGACUUUCACAUUUUAUAAAGAAUGUUUGAUGAUGUAACACCUGAUUAAAUACCACAUAAACCAGUUUUUAAAUAAUCUGCAUGAGUUAAGUCAUUUUUUCUCCCCCUCAGUACUUGGCUCUACCUCGGAUCUCUCUGGGUCGGUAUGCCUAUGUUCUGGGCAUGGGUGCAAAUGACAGCGCCCUCUCCCUCUGCCAGAGGUACUACAGGAAGGGAACCAUCGACCCCGUUAAUGACACCUUCGACAUCGACCCCCAUGUUAUUACGGGUAAGAUGACCUUUUUCUUUCAGAGCUUCCUGCCGUGAUGUCUGGUGACUGUCCCCGGGUUGUGGCGCUAAAAGCUGGAGCCUUGUUUUGUUUUAACUCGUCCCUCUAGGAAAUGAUGGAGUCAGUGAGUCAUUGUGCUGCUGCUCCAAAUAUGUCAAGAAGAGCCCUGCAACUGUGCCCUACUUUUUAAGGCCUGAAAUAGUUUCUGCAACUAAAGCCACAAGACAAAAGCAUUUUUUACAGCAUGUACUUCAGCAGUGACAUGCUUUCUCUCUGCCUCGGUUACAGACAUUUGCAGAUUAAACAGCGUAUCAACUUUAGACUUGAGCUGUGAUAGUGAGUCCCAUGUCUGUAACAGGAAUAGAGAAGCUCUUGCAUUAUAAAUUUAAGAAAAAAAAAAGAAAAAGCACACCACAGUGUAAUAAAAAAUCUAAUACAGUGAACUGUCCUGUAUCCAAAACUUUAGAAACUUCAAGUAAAAGUACAAAAGUUCUGGUAUCAACAAAAGUACUCAAGUUAAAAGUUAAUAUACUGUUUAAAAUUCAAUGAUAAAAAUUCAGAUGGUUUACAAGUUUACUGUCAGAAAAAAAAGAAAAAGGCAUGUAUUCAAUUUUGAUACAGAAAAUUAUUAUUUUGUAUAGAGUAUUCACUUGUUUUAAAUUUAAUAAACAUGUUAUAUGUUUCGUACAUGUUGCAUGAACAUGUUCUGAUUAUAAAAAGUGCAUCACAGAGAGGCCGAGUCUCUUUGGAGCAACAUAUGCUGCCAUCCAGACAAUGACUUUUCAUAUCAGUCCUUUCAUACUAGUAUUUGAUUUGUCCCAAACCUAACUUUUUAGGAACAUCAACUGGAAUCAACCCUUAAAAUUAACACACAUCUUUUUAUUUAACAAUAACAUUUUCAGCUCCAGUUUUUCAUAUUUUUCUUUGCACUCUAACAAACAGUAUCAUCCUUCAAUUAUUUUCAAACCACCAAAUUCUGUUGUCAUUAAUAUUUUACUCCGUAAACUCAGCUUUGGGUUUGGAGAUUAUUCCACUUAUUGCACAUGUGCUUGUUUAGGAACUCAGUCAUUUUGUGUCUUUGAUUGGAAAAAGGUCAUUACACUUUAAACACCAUAACUUCUCAAACCACAUUCUGUUAAAUUUUUACUUAAUGUUUCCAUUAUUUUCUUAGCCUGUGUGUCCUCUUAUAGAACGAGUCUCUGUCCAGUUGAAACCUGUUCAACUUUUAACACUUUCAUUUUUCUCUCAGAUAAAGUGUAAGUUAGUUAGUCAGUUUCAGAAGCUAAAGUAAGUGUCCUCCAAGGCUCUGUGGGAUUAAAUCUGGACAAAGUAACCCUGAAUUAGCUGAGAUGACUCCUAACUGACCAUAGUAACCAAAAGAGACACAUAAAAAACACUACGGGGCAGUUUCACUGCGGAUAUUUGGGGAAGUAUGCAGUGGGAGUGUGGUUUAAUCUCCACAUGAUGUGGAAAAAAGUCUAGUGUCUGUUGAAAAUGCCCUCGUGAUCAUUUCUUACUUCCUCUGACACUAUUUUCUGAUGUGAUUCCAGAUUGUUUUGGGCUGAAUCCUCCAAACUACAUCUCUCCAGUAGGAAACGACGACUACAAAAACUUCACUCUCAAAUUCUACAAGUCAGAUAAUUGUUUGUUAUAACAUUCAAAAUAAGGAAGUGUCCUUUUUAUCCCAAGUGUUGAUCAUUCCUCUUGUCUUUUUGUUUCCAGAUUGAUCAACGUGACCAUUGACUUUAAGCUGAAAGCCAUCAACAUCCAGACCAUAAUAAACAAUGAGAUCCCUGACUGCUACACCUUUGCUAUCACGGUGAAUUGUCUCCUCUAUUGUUUCUAUUCAAAUGAACAUCCUUAAGUGUUUGAUGGGUCAGUUUGAGAUCGUUGUAAAUCCUCUCAGCCUGUCUGUUCAAAUGAUCAAAAAACCUAAGAUGAUAGAAUCAAAGAUACGCUGAUGGAGAUGUGUGACGAUUCUCACAUCUAAAGGUUGUUUAUUUACUUUUGUUUUUACUGUUUGUGUCAGAUCUUGAUGGACAACAGAGCCCACAGUGGGAAAGUCAAGAUCAGUCUGCAGAACCAGGCCACCAUACAGGAGUGUAGAGACCCCAAUGUGAAGGGCCACGGUGAGGAACUCAUACCCAGAAUUUUCCAUCUUUGACUAAAAUUUCUGUUUCCAACAUCAGAAACCUGAGAGCUGUUAGUCAUUUUGACCUGUUAGAGGGUGAAUGUAGCCUCAUUUUUGCUGGCAGGUGCUGCAAUUGAAACACUUCUCUCUGGUGGCAGAUGUAAUGAUCCAAUCAGAUGGACUGUACUUUGAAAAGAUGAAACGUCAGUGAUGCUAGUUCAGAUUUAGUGAUGAUGUUUUCCAAGAUUAUUGUUAUACAUAAUCCAGAUUUGUUGUUAAUGAAUUGCUCAAUGCCACAACAAAACUUUAAUGUACAAGAACAAAAGGAAAAUGAAAACAGAAUUGACUCAGAUUCAGGUUCUUUGUAAAUGUUGUCACGUUUCAUCUUGUUUGAUGCACUCCUCUUACAGCCGAGAACUAUGCGCGGGAGUUUUUCGACGUGUUGGUGGCGAUCGUGUGUCUGCUGUCUCUGCUGCUUUGUGGUCGCUCCAUCCUCAGAGGUGUCCUGCUGCAGCAAGUAAGAUGACACAGCAAACAUUUUUAGCUCUACGACCUUCAAGUUUUCAUCCUGUCCAACCAAAUCCUCUCUCCACAUGGACAGUGCACAGACUGUUUUAUUGAUUUAAAAACGCUGAUAUCAAAGAAACUCAGUGAAUUUUUAUGUGUUGUGUUUAAACUCAGUGUUUAAGUGCUUCCUUGUAGAAGAUCGUGGUAUUUAAGAUGAGCUUACAUCUUUCAUAAAACAAUGAAACGCCUCAGUUACAACAUUUGAUAUGUUGUCUUUGCUUUAUUUUCAAUCAGAUUUAGGCUGUAAGUGAUUUUCAAACCAUCGAAACCUUUUUUGAUCAACCAUUCACACAACACUCCAGCUCUCUUGGAAUAGGGGUUGUAAACAAAAUGGAUUUAGAGGACUUGUCAUAUCAGUAAAAGUGACCGAAUGCAUAUUGACACAUAAUGGGUGUUGAGGAAAUAGAAGAAAAGAUCUCAUAUAAUCUUCAGUUUUUGAAUCAGUGCCGCUUAAAGGGAACAUCAACUGGAAAAAAACAACGCAUUCAGAGUUACCACGAUUUUCCAGAGCUGAAAAAUACAUAAGCGUGAUCAUAUUUGAACACAACAAGGAAACAAGCCCAGCGUUUUAUUAAUGGUGUGACUCAGAGAACAUCAGUCAGUGAAGAGUGUGACUCACUGAUUUUGUUUUUGGUCGUGACUGGAAACAAACGGAGCUCUAUGGCUCAUGAAAAAAAGGAUAUUUUUAGGCUCUGGCUGCAGAAAACAGCCAUCAUGGGAUCAUUUAGUUAUAGAUUUGUUAAAUAAAGGGUCAUGUGAAGUGAAUGGGAGGUUAUGCAAAUUAGUAGAAGUGGAGGGGUUUAUUUUUCAACUAGCUGGGAUAUAAUACGCCGUCUGUGCUUCUCUUUGACUGUAUUUGAUCUGCUUUUUCUAGGAGUACGUUGAGUUUUUUAAACACAAACUUGGCCGCUGUGUGAGCUGGGGCGACAGGAUGGAGUUCAUCAACGGCUGGUACAUCCUGCUCAUCGUCAGCGAUUUGUUCACCAUCAUCGGGAGCUUCAUCAAAAUUGGAAUCGAGUCCAAGGUAAGGGGUUGCAACAGAUAUAUGAUCGUCUCCUGCUAAUGUGGGGUCUUUUGAGUUAAUUUUUCAGUUUCUGGUAAUGUUUUUUUGUCUGUUUGUGUUACAGAACAUAUCAUCAUACGACAUCUGUGGCAUCCUGCUGGGAACCUCCACCCUCCUGGUGUGGGUGGGAGUCAUCCGCUACCUCAGCUUCUUUCAGAAAUACAACGUAGGUGGAAAAAGCCACAAAAAUCAUGCUAUUUUAAGAGAUUUGAUCACAUUUGGGUCAUAUUUUUCCAUUGCAUUAUAGCUCGGUCAUGCUCUGUCUCUUCCAGAUCUUGAUUGUGACCCUCAGAGCCGCUUUUCCAAACGUCAUCCGCUUCUGUUGCUGUGCAGCUGCUAUUUAUCUGGGAUAUUGCUUCUGUGGAUGGAUUGUGCUUGGGCCUUAUCAUGCUAAGGUACUGUAUACACACACACAAACACACACACACACACUGCAGGGUGUCUAUGUAGGCCUCAGAAGCCUGAGUCACUCUGACCUCGAGUGCAUGUCUGAUUAUCAUAAACUGCCCUCCAGCGUCUCAUCUUUGUAUCUAUGAAUUAUAAAUGAGAGAAGAAAAUUGACAUUCAUUAAAUAUGAAUUAUGACAGGAUAUUUUGUUUGUGCUUGUAGUGCUUCUGCUCUGGAAGAGGAAAUAAAAAAAAAUCUUUGCAAAUACAAGCUAAUAAAACUUCAGAUGGAAAAAAAAAAAGAUCCUGAAAUCAGAAUUGGCCCUUCAGUAUCACAGCCGUCCCAGGUUUGAGUCCGGCCCUCGGUAUCUGCUCCAUGUCUUCACACAACUUCUAAAAUAUGGCAGGAAUUGUUUUCCUCAAAGGUCACUGCUAGACCAGGAUUUUUGAUGUCCUGCUUCAAGCUAAAUAAACAGUCAGCUGAUAUAGAAAUACUGUCUUCAGCUUCAGCUUCUGAGCGGUCACCUACCCCUUCAGGCCUGAAGAUCUAUGACCCAGAAAUUGUCAAGCUUGUUACUGAAUGUCUUGUUUGCUUUUGGAUAUCAUGAAAAGGCAGCGAUAUGAAUUUCAGUCCGUUUCAUAAACAUCGAAAAACAUCUGAUAGGAGCUUUAAAUAGUUUUCAGAGAAGGUUGGUAUAUCUGGAUCAUUUUAAUUUAUAUGGGUUUCUUUUUGCAUGGUGCAGUUUUAGUCUAAUUUUAAUAAUGCAGUGGCAAACUGUGUUAAUAUACAGUGUUUUUUUACAUUUGGUAUUGAGUACAUGUAGUGAUUUCCACUGCAGAGUCUGUUUUUCAUAUCUGCAUAACUAACAAUUUGAAAAGUAACUUUAAUAGUUAAGAGAUGUUUUUAGCAUGACACAAGUUUUUCAGUGUUUAAUUGUCCUUGUCCCAACAUUUUUUUCCAUCAUCAAAUUUAAAGAUGAUUUAAUUUUGUUCAUGAGACAAUGAAAUGUUUCAGUUUCAACAUUUAAAGCUGUUUUAUGUGCUCUAUUUUCAGUUACAGAGAAGUUCUGAAUCAUUUGCAAACCACCAAAUUCCAUUUUGUUUAUAUUAUAUGCUAUUUAUAUUCUACGCUGUAUUCCAACUUUAGAUUUGUUUUCUAUAUAUUUUAUAUAAAAAUCAAUUAAAAUGUAAAACUUUUAUUUAAAAAACUGAUAAUCAGUUUAUGGCUCUACACUCUAUCGUUUUUAAGAAAUAUGAUAAGCAUGUAUGAAUAGUGGCAUUUUUGCGCUUUUAUAAACUGAGAAUAUGUAGCAUUUCAAAAUAAACUGUGUAUCAGGACAAGAAAAACACUAAUUUAAGCUCAGGUGAAUCGUUACUGUUACAGAGUUGUGCGGGUAAGAACAAUGGGGGUGAUAAGAAGAUACAGAAAACUCAAAAGAAAUGAACCCCUGACCUGUGAGUCUCGUUUUUUUAUUUCGAUGCAGCUGUAAUCUCACCACCUAGUUUUUUUUGUGUGCCGAUUUUCCAGUUCCGCUCCUUGUCCAUGGUGUCAGAAUGCCUCUUUUCUCUCAUCAACGGAGACGACAUGUUUGUGACGUUCGCUGAGAUGGAACAGAGCGGCACGCUGGUGUGGAUCUUCAGCCAGGUCUACCUUUACACCUUCAUCUCCCUCUUCAUCUACAUGGUGCUAUCCCUCUUCAUCGCCCUCAUCACUGGAGCCUAUGACUCCAUUAUGGUAUGUGGACAGUUUGAAUGUUUACAAUCCUGUUUAUCUUUAAAUACCUGCAGAAAAAUAAUCUUUCACAUCAGCUUCUGCUAAAAUACUAAACUAAGAUGGCAACAAUGAAGCACCAAAAUAUGAGCAUGGUCAUUGGGAGCAUCUUAAAAGCUGAUAUGAACCUAUACAAGCCUUGUUGACAGCCAUGUUUAUAUCACCUCUUCAGAAAGCAAUGGCUGACGUCACUGUAGAUUAUUUGUGCGCAUAUUUCAAGUCCAUGAUUCAAAGAUAACACAGAAACAUGACUUUAAGAAUAGGUUUGUUUUUGCUGUAAAUCUUUUGCUGUUGUUAAUGUUCAUUCUGAUUUUGUCUUCUUACAGGCGCACACACAGGAACAGGUGCGUGUCAGUGAUCUGCACACAUUCAUCGCAGAGUGCACGGACACGCCCAGCUCUGGCAAAUUCCGAGGGCCCGAAGGGUCGUCGUGCUCCUUCCUCUGCUGCUGUGAGUGGUGA